UCUUUGACCGCCAAAGAAGACGAAAACGAGUCUUUGACAAAAUCACAAAGGAGAAGAAAAAAAAGAAUCCUUUUUGUUUGCUUCUGCACAGAAUCUUCAUUUUAGCUUCUUCCUCUCCCUCUGCUUCUCUUUCUCUCUUUUCUUCCACGACUCCUCUUCCCUCUUUGCUUCGAUUUUGGUGAAAUUGAGCUGAGAAUAUCUGUCGGCAUAGUUUCGUAUUUUAGAGUAGAAUCCAAUCACCAAUGGAUCAUGAACACAAUAGGAAUCCAUUUGCAAGUGCAAGUGCAAGUGGAAGUGGAAGAGCAGGGGGAGGAAGUACAAGUGCGAGCUCAAACUCGAGCUUUAGUAGCAGCGUGGCGGAUACAGAGGAUGAUCAAACCAUUGCACGUAUAUUAGCUGAAGAUGAGAGCUUAAGAAGAAGAGAGGGCAUGCUUGGGAAGAGACUCUCUCAUUUAGAUUCUAUCCCUCACACUCCUCGGAUUAACACUAAAAUACCUGAUGUAAAUGAUGCAACAUUAGACCAUGAGCUCCUCUCUGUGAGGUUGGCCACAUAUGGGUUAGCUGAACUACAGAUGGAGGGGGAUGGAAAUUGCCAGUUCCGAGCUCUGGCAGACCAGCUUUUUGGCAAUCCAGAUUACCAUAAGCAUGUAAGGAAGCAUAUUGUAAAGCAGUUGAAAGAGCAACGGAAGUUAUACGAAGGAUAUGUGCCGAUGAAAUACAGACACUACACCAGGAAGAUGAAAAAAUCGGGUGAAUGGGGAGAUCACGUUACUCUUCAAGCUGCUGCAGAUCGUUUCGACGCUAAGAUCUGCUUACUCACAUCAUUUCGGGAACAAUCCUACAUCGAGAUACUUCCUCAUAACAAGAACCCUCUUCGUGAGGCUUGGCUUAGCUUCUGGAGCGAAGUGCAUUACAAUUCGCUUUACUCUAGUGGAGAUGUUCCCACAAGAAAACCCAGGAGGAAGCAUUGGCUCUUCUAGGAUUCGAUUCAGAUUUGUAUAUUCAUAUAUAUGUAAUAUGUAUAAUAAUAUCCUUCUCAUAUUGUGUGUGAACUUCCUACUUUAACCUCACUCUGUUGUAUCA